AUGACAACUGCGACUACUACUACAAAAACGACUCAUAAUCAGCCACCACAGGAGGUCAAGCCACCUUUCUGGGCCAACCUGAUCGCAGGUGGCGUGGCUGGUAUCAUUGGAGCAUCGACAGUGUUCCCAAUCGACAUGAUCAAGACUAGACUACAGACUCAGAAGCCACUGCCCGACGGCACACUCAAGUACAACGGCAUCGCAGACUGCUACAGAAAGAUCGUCGCCAAUGAGGGCGGCAUGCGCGCACUCUACCGUGGCCUCUCGGCCAACUUGGUGGGCAUCACACCCGAGAAGGCACUCAAGCUGGCCGUCAACGACCUGCUGCGCAACAAGCUUCAGGGCGACGCGCCCCAGAUUGCACUCUGGCAAGAGGUGCUGGCCGGUGGAGGCGCUGGCUUCUGCCAGGUGGUCGCCACCAACCCAAUGGAGAUCGUCAAGAUCCGAAUGCAGGUCAGUGGUGAGGCGGGCAAGAAGGCCACACUUGGUGAGGUUGUGAGCGAGCUUGGUCUGCGCGGCCUAUACAAGGGCACUGCGGCCACACUCCUCCGUGAUGUGCCCUUCUCCAUGGUGUACUUUUCAAUCUAUGGCCGUUUGAAGAGUCAUUAUACUGAUCAACAGACUGGACAGAUCACAGUGCCCAAGAUCCUCUGGUCCGGUAUCCUGGCAGGCAGUUGUGCAGCAUCAAUCAGUACACCCAUGGAUGUCAUCAAGACCAGAGUACAAGCCAAGCCAAAGCCUGGUGACCCAAUCUACAAUGGUAUCAUGGAUUGUAUCAAACAAACUUUGAAGGCUGAAGGACCACAGGCAUUCACAAAGGGACUGGUACCAAGAAUCAUGAUUAUAAGUCCACUGUUUGGAAUUACUCUGGUCGUAUAUGAAGUACAAAAGAAGAUUUGGGCAUACACUCAGCAGAAGAAGUUGAAGCAA